AUGCCCGUAAUUCAAUUCGCUACCUAUACGCCACCCACCUGGCUGGCGAGGGCCCACGGCCCUUGUCUUCCCCAAUGGAUAUGGCAAUACCGCAACAAUCUAAACACAUUAGAAGAAACAAGACGUGCAUUCGAGCACAUCAAAAAAGACGACGAUUCCUACAAAUUGCUCGUCAAUCUACGAGAGAAAGGCCUACUGGAUUUCACCCCGUUCAGUUUCACCGAAGGCCCAAAAGAUUCAUACAUCACUCAUUGGUUCGAGGCCAACGAUGAUGUCCAAUUCCACCCCAAACGCGAUGUCAAGCGUUCGCAGGCCAACUCUUGGAAUUCGUACGACUCAAACUGCAGUUACACAGGCCCAGAAGAAGACCCAUAUGUCACUUCCUGGUUCAAGGCCUACCCUGAUGUCAGACAGCGCCCCAAAUUUGACAUCCUGCAUCCAAAAAACGACCUUUUUGAGGCUUUCAAUUACAAUUUCAAAUAUUGGGCCAUGAUGCGCCAGCCGGAACGGGAUGAGCGACUGGGCGAUGCCCUUGUCAGCGAACUAUUCAGCCACAUCAUUAGUUCCACCAUCAAGGGACCAGAGCCUGACAAAUAUUUAAACAUCACGUACGUCUCCCUUUGUGGCCACAAUUCCACAUACAAUCCUAACACUUCUUUUAGUCUCAACUCGAAGAUCAAAAAGACCCUUCAAAAGCUCCCCAUCAAGCUACUGAGCUUGGUAGAGAAAGACAACACCUUACCCCCAGGCUGUCAACCCAUUGGUUCGACAGAGGCAGCUGGCAGCUACAAAGCUUGCCAUCGCAUCGCAUUCAUUCAGCAAACAGAACUCCCAGAUGCCCGAGGACCGAGCAUCGCUGAGCUUAGCUAUCUGAUCGCCAUCAUGCAAGACUCCUUCCUCAUGCAAAACAAACUCUACAAGAAGCUUGCAACGAAAAAAUUCCGACCAAGGCGCUCAGACUAUUUCCACCACACUUCUCCCGUGAGUUCCCUCAACCUAGUGAGCACAAACAAAGACUAA